GCUCAGUGAUCUAACAUAAUUGGUCCAAGCAGGAAUAAAGACCAUCAUGUUACCAGUGUAUUUCCUAAUUAUUGUGCAUUGCACCUCCUCAAAGUGGGUUUAGUUCUGUUGAAAGAUUAAACAUUUAUUGCCUCCCCUUGCUCUCCAACCCUCUCCUCUGCCACAGAAUGAUCCCUCCAUCUAGCAAGAACUUCCUGGUCAACAACCUGGCAGCAGGGACUCAGUACGACCUCUGCGUGCUGGCCAUCUACGAUGAUGUCAUCACCUCUCUGACAGCAACACGCGUGGUCGGCUGUGUGCAGUUCACCACCGAGUCAGAGUAUAUGAGGUGUCAUUUUAUGCAGUCUCAGUUCCUCGGCGGGACUAUGAUCAUCAUCAUCGGAGGGAUAAUAGUGGCUUCGGUGCUCGUUUUCAUCAUCAUCCUGAUGAUCCGGUACAAGGUGUGUAACCCUGGUGAGGGGGGUAAAGGUGUUUCAUUGUCGAUGACCAACGUUCACUCACAGACCAACGGGCAGCAGUCCCAGGGAUGCACUGUGACUCCCAGCUCCUCCAAACACGGCUCAAUCGGAUUAGACGACCUCUCAGGAGGCACAAAGAAGAGGAGCGCAGCAGGAGGAGCAGGGGGAGGAGGAGGGGGCAAGGAUACGAUGACUCAGUCGUCCGACUCAUCCCUGCCCGACUGCUCCACGACCACGUCAGUUCUCAGCCAGCCUUGGGCAGCCAGGAGCCCAACAGCUGGAGCCGAGGAGCGGGAGAAAGCGGGUGAAGAGCGAGCUCAAGCUGGCGUCUCGUCGCCCACUGGCGCCACCGGCUCACUCACCAAGCCAAAGCGGAAGCCUGCUCCGAGUAAGCCAGGCUCGUCUUGCUCCAACGCCUCGGCUGCUCCCGAAAACCUCCCCUCCUCCUCCCCUCGCCCUCCUUCCUCCUCCUUCUCCACCGCCUCCUCCACUCUCCUCCCCUCCACACCUCUGGAGAAUCUCAACACCAACCGCAACAACUCCACCUCCCUCAACCAAACCCCGCUUCCCUUCACCCAUUCCCCUUUCUCCAGCCCUCUUGCCUCCCCGAGCCCCGUCCCCUCCAUCCGAUUUCGAGAGACGCCCAUUCUUCGCAGGGCUCCCCGCGCCUCCACCUCUAGCUCCGCCAAGUACCAGACUCUCCCUGCGGAGGAGGUUGGAAGGAGCAGGGCGAGGAGGAGGUACUCGCUCAGUGAAGGAGGCUCAAAGACUCACUCCUCCAAUCAGGGGGCAGGAGGAGCACCCAAAAUAGGGCGCAUAUUGCGGAACAAAAGGAGCCAAUCAAUGAGCGGGAUGCUGCUCCCGAAAGACGGGGACGGAGACUCGGACAAAGGGAGGUGCGAUUCAGACUGGAUCUUAGAAAGCACGGUUUGAACUGGAACCAGACCAUGACAUAAACUUUGGUUUAUCCAUUAUUGUUUAUCUUUUGUAUGUGUGUGUGUGUGUGUGUUGGUUUGAAUUUGUCUAGAGAGGUGUGUGAGUGAAGGUAAAGGUGUGUGUGUGUGUGUGUGUGAAUGUUGCUGUUUAGGAUGUGUGUUUUUGGUGUGUACAGUGUGUGUGUGUGUGUGUGUGUGUGUGUUCACGUUGGAACCUUUGUUUAUAGCUGUGUGAGAGGUGUGCUUCUGGGUGUAAGCGUGAGCAUAAGUUUUUCUUUUUCAGACUUUUUUUUAUUAUUAUUUUCAUAUUUGUUUUCUCCACAUUUCUUUGUAUUCAGUUUACAGCUUUUUUCACUCUGACAGUUUCCUAUCUGUUUUGCGGUUGGCGAGAGAGCAAACUCGCUUUGUCUCGUAGCGUCCUCAAGUUGUCUCGUUGGUUCCACUUUAUAGCACAAAACAAAACAAGACAAUGGGCUCGCCACGUCAUUUCCCGAUUCACGCUCACCUUAUCUGACAAUACCACGAAAAGGGAAUUAUUACAGGAAAAAAGAGGAAUUUAAAAAAAAAAUACAAUACAAGAACUGCAAAGCACACCAUUCUUACCUUCACACGCCCACAGGUAGUGUGUGUCCAUACCACGGCAAGAGAACAGCAGUCGGUGCCUUCUUUUGCACUAACAGACCCUCUGACAGAUGACAUAACCGGAUUUAGGACUCCACCAUUACUCCCUGAACGAGGGAUUAGGACGGAGGGGGACAGACAAAAGGAAGAGAAAGAUUUCACACAUAGCCUUUCUUACCUACUGAGGAGGACAGACGUUUCUUGACAUACAGACAGACACAAACUGAGACGAAAAGCAACAACCAGAUGAAGACUUUAAUGGACCUCUUAUGAAAUUGAUAUUUUUUAAAGGGAAGAAUAAAAAAAAAAAAGAACAUAAAAACCCUGUGAGCUUUUCACUGACGUUGGUCACAAGGUCCCGGAAAGCUUCUGUACAGAAAAAGACAACAUGUACUGUGUUGUUAUGUUGUGUAAA